AUGGGACGCAGGGUGAUUAUCCCACCCGUGUUGCGGAAAAAGCUUCUGCAGCAGCUACACACAGGUCACAGUGGCAUGGUCCGCAUGAAAGAACUGGCCAGGAACUAUUUCUGGUGGCCUGGACUUGAUAGUGAGAUAGACGAAACUGCAAGAGCAUGUUCAUCAUGUCAAAAUAUCUGCUGCAUGCCACAACCAGCACCGCUCCAUCCAUGGGAUUGGUCAGAGGAACCAUGGCAACGCAUCCAUGUUGAUUUUGCAGGUCCUUUGGCAGAGAGGAUGUUUCUAAUAGCAAUAGACGCUCACAGUAAAUGGCAGGAGGUGUCCAUUAUGAGAUCUACAACAGCAGAGAAAACCAUUGAAAAACUUGGGGAAAUGUUCAGCCGAUUUGGUUUUCCUGAGCAACUUGUGAGUGACAAUGGAACGCAGUUCACCUCACAAGAGUUCCAAAACUUCCUCGAGAUUAAUGGAGUACAACACAUCCGCUCUGCCUCAUACCAUCCAUUUACUAACAGAGCAGCAGAAGGGUUUGUUCAGAGCAUGAAACAUGCCUUGAAGGCUUCACAGGGACACGGCUCCCUCCACCAGCGCCUGAACAGUUUCUUGCUCACAUAUAGAAACACGACACACUCAACCACAAAGGCUACUCCUGCAGCGCUUCUCAUUAAGAGACAGCUUCACAACAGCCUCGACCUUCUGAAACCACCUAAGAUCAAAGACAUUGUUCUACUGAAUCAGCAGACUCAGGUUGAGAGACGCAAGCAAAAGAGCAAAGGAAAGACUUUUCCACCCAGGUGA